UGCAUUUUUUGCAUAGUGUUCUGGGGGGCAGCCUGCAAGUGUUGCCACGCUUUCGGCGCCAACAUAGCAUGCCCACAACUUCCUAACCUGUACGUCUUUGGAAUGUGGGAGGGAACCGGAGCACCUGGAGGAAACCCACGCAGACACGGGGAGAACGACCAAACUCCUUACAGAUAGCGGCGGGAAUUGAACCGGGUUGCUGGCGCUGUAAAGCGUUAUGCUAACUGCUACACUACCAUGCCUGCCCCAUGUAGUAAAUUAAAGGAACUAUUGCACACUGCUGAAGAAUGUGAAAUUGUCUAUUUUGGUGGAAAAAUAUAAAACAUAGAACAGUACAGCACAGGAACGAGUCCUUCAGCUCACAAUGUUGUGCUGAACUAAUUAAACUAGUAAUUAAAUGCCUAACUAAACUAAUCCCUCCAUUCCCUGGACAUUUGUGUGCCUAUCUAAAAGACUAUUGUAUUUACCUCCACCACCACCCCUGGCAGUGCAUUCCAGGCAUCCACCACUCUCUAUGCAAAAAACUUGCCCCAGCCAUCUCCUUUGAAUUUAUCCCCUCUCACCUUAAAUGCAUGUCCUCUAGUAUUAGACAUUUUGACCCUGGGAGAAAGAUACCGGCUGUCUACUCUAUCUAUGCCUCUCAUAAUCUUAUAAACCUCUAUCAGGUCUCCCUUCAUGCUCUGCCACUCCAGAGAAAACAACCCAAGUUUGUCCAACCUCUCCUUAUAGCACAUACCUUUUAAUCCAGGCAACAUUCUGCACCCUUUCCUAAGCCUUCACAUCCUACCUAUAAUGGGGCGACCAGAACUGAAUCCAAUAUUCCAGCUGCGGCCUAACUAGCGUUUUAUAAAGUUGCAAUAUAACUUCCCACUUCUUGACCUCACUGCAUCGACUAAUAAAGGGAAGCAUGCCAUAUGUCUUCUUUACCACCCUAUCAACCUGUGCAGCCCCUUUCAGGGAGCUAUGGACUUGGACCCCAACACCCCUCUGUACAUCAACACCGUUAAGGGUCUUGCCAUUAACAUGGUACUGUCCCCUUACAUUUGAUCUCCCAAAGUGCAACACCUCACAUUUGGCCAGAUUAAACUCCAUCUGCCAUUUCUCUGCCUAUAUCUGCAACUGAUCUAUAUCCCACUGUAUCCUUUGACAAUCCUCUGCACUAUCCACACCACCACCAAUCUUUGUAUCAUCUGCGAAUUUACUAACCCACCCAUCUACAUUUUCAUCCAGGUCAUAUGUAUCACGAACUGCAGAGGCCCAGUAUUUAAAUGGUAAGAGCUCUGAGGCAAAGGGAUCUCGAUGUCCUAGUGCAUGAUUCAAAAGAGGCUAACAUGCAGCAAGUAAUUAGGAAAACUAACAGAAACAUUACGUUUAUUGUAGGGGAAUUGAAUACAAAGGUUGGGAGGUUGUGCUUCAGUCACAUAGGGCAUUUGCAAGACCACAUGGAGAAUACUAUGUACAAUCUUGGUCUCUCUACUUAAGAAUUUUAUUGUGUUGGAAGCAGUUCAGAGCAGGGUUUUUACUCUAAUAUUGCAAUGUGUGGGUUGUCUAGUGAGGAAAAAUUGAACAAGUUAAGCCUGUAUUUGUUGGAGGGUGAGAGGUGACCUGAUUGCAACAUGUAAAAUCCUGACAAGGUAGAGAGAAUGAUUCCACUUGUGGGACAAUCUAAAGCUAGGGAUUACUGUUUUAAAAAAAAGGUACUGUGUAUUUAAGACAGAAAUUAGACAAUAUUUUUUCUCUGAAAGUCAUGAAUUUGGAACACUACUCCCCAAGGGCAGCAGAAGCAGAAUCUGUGAAUAUUUUUAAGGUACAGUAAAUUGAUAUUUGAUAAGCAAGAGGGAGUGAAUGGUUAUAACAAGUAGGUAGAAAUGCAGAGUUGAGGUUACAAUCUGGUCACCAACAAUCUUAUUUAAUCGCUGAGCAGACUUGAGGCACCAAGUGACAGUAUGACUCAGCUGAAAUCUGCUGGUGAUCCAUGUUUUACCACCCAGCUACAUAUUGAAUGGAAAAGUCUAGUGUUGCACAAUUUUAAAGUACAGCUGUUGCAUUGUCAGCAAAAAACACAGCUCACAAAGGCCAUAUCAUGUGAAUGAUGAGGCUGGAAGGUUGUCUGCCCAAAUGUGGUCAGUGACCCUCUGGGACCAAUGGUUUGAAAUUUGAUGGUUGGGUGCCGAUCCAGAGGGAUAUGUGAGGAGAUGUCAGAGAACUGGUGUUCAGCCUCUGUGAGAUGCAAGUGAGUCUGCAAAACAGAAACAGUGUUGACAUUGUCAGGAUAUUUGAUGUUAAUAUUGGAGUUGGUCCUUAGUGGGUGGAGAGCUGCAUGUUCAGAGGGGAAAAGGUUAGAAUGAAUUAAUUCAAGGAACAACAUCUCUUUUUCUGUCAAGGCACACUACAACCUUCAAGACUCAACAUUGAAUUCAUUUCCGAUAUCCAAUCUUUCCAGUUUAUAUCUGACCAGUUUGAUGCAAGAACAGAAUGUGUUCAGUGGGUCAGGCGGUAUCCAUGGGAAGGGAGUCAGGGUUAGUAUUUUCAGGUCGAUGACCUUUCACGACAGGGCAAUUCGGUUUGAGACAUACAUUGAUUGGUGCCCUUCUUCUGCCGCCUCUGCCUCAGUGCCUAUUUCCUUGGCCAGGAGUCUCUAUCCCAGACUGUGGACCCUUCCUGAUCCAACCAGUCCUUUCCCUCUGGCUUCUUUUCCACUCUGGAUCUAUUCAUCACUGACUGCCAGUGCAACUGUAUUGGUAUUGCUACCUAUUCUCGCACAGAACUUGGAAGUUUCAGGUUUACCUUUCAGGUUUUGUUUUUCAUUUCAACACUGUUUUAGUUGGAAAUAUUCCCUUUGCUUUUGUCAGAAUUGUUUAUACGUUUUUCGUUUGAUUGUGCCAGGUUUCCUUCCUACAUGAAAAUUGAUCUAAACGAGCUAUGCUAAUUCAUCCUGGUUUGGGGUACCAGUGUCACCUUCGUUGGUCUAUUAAAAUAGGCCUGGAUGCUUUUUUGAUUGACCCGCUGAGUUCUUCCAGCAGUUUAUUUUUUGCUCUGGUUGACAGACCUAUUUGGUUCUGGCCUCCAGCUGUUGUAUCUGCUCCCUGAACCGGCCUAAAUAUAGAGCAGGAGACCAGGGCGCGAUGGCCUGCGAGCCAACAGGCCACGGAGACAGGACGCCGGCCCCCGACACGGUGCUGCAAGUCGGCCAGCGGCUGUUCAAUGUCAACAGGGGCGUGCUGUCCCGGGCCAGCGAGUAUUUUCGGGCCAUGUUCUUCGGAGGCACCAGGGAAAGGUCCGAGCCCCACGUUGUGCUGCGAGGCCUGGACCCCGAGGUCUUUGAGCUGCUGUUGGCCUUCGCCGUCCACGGCCGAGUUAACAUCGAGCGGGACAACGUGACGGCCCUGCUGGAAGCUGCCGAUUUCCUGCUCUUUGACCGGGUGAGGCUGCUGUGCUGCGCCUUCCUGCAGCGCCAGCUGCAUGUGUCCAACUGCCUGGGCUUCUGGGCCUACUCGCGGCGCUUCGCCUGCCCGGGCCUGGCGGCCGCCGCCCGCCGCGUCGCCCUCACGCACCUGGCCGCCAUGGUCGCCAGCCAGGAGGAGUUUGUGCAGCUUCCCGAGGAGGCUCUGGCCGAGCUGCUGGCCGACGACGACCUCUACGUGGGCAAGGAGGACGAAGUGUUCGAGGCCCUGGUGAAGUGGGCGAGCCACCGGCGCAGCAGGGAGGCGGCCUUGCUGCCGCUGCUGGGCUUGGUGAGAGCCCCCUUCCUGAGCCUCAGCUUCCUCGACCUGCUCAUCAAACGGUCCAAGCGCGGCAGCCAGGAUGACAUUUGCACCAGGGUCCUGAAAAUGCUAAACCGCGACCCUCCCCGCAACUGGACGGCGGCCCAGAGGAGCAGGAGCUAUGAGACCAUGUAUGUCCUCGGGGGAAGACAUGAGCGGGAACAGCAAGAACUCUUUCAGUUCCACCCUAGAAGCAACACAUGGCAGGCCUGCUCUCCUCUCCGCCGCAGGAACCUCACUCAAUACGCCGUAGCAGCAGUAGGGAAUUACAUCUUUGUUACGGGUGGAUACUUCCGAGAUGAGAUAGUGUGGUAUUGCGUGGACUGGGUACUGAUGUAUAACUACUGUGAAAACAGCUGGAUGGAAGGGCCUUCCUUGAAGCAGUCUCGCAACUGGCACUGUGCAGUCGGUGCCGGGAAGUACCUUUACGUGCUGGGAGGAAGCACUGACGAGGCGGUGAUUGCUGAUGUCGAGCGGCUGCUAGUGAUGGACACACAGUGGGAGGGUAUGCACCGCAUGGUGCAGCCCGUGGAGAGAGCGGCAGUGGUCAGUGAUGGUGCUAGCAUCUAUGUCCUGUGCGGACUGGAUGAAAAUGGUGAUGUCUACAGCGGGGUUCAGCGGCUGGAUGUGGACACAGAUGUCUGGGACGUGAUCUCCUUCUCUCCACUUCCCCGGUAUGAUCUGUGUGCCACUGUCCUGAAUGGUGCAGUAUAUGUAGUGGGAGCUCAAACAUUCCGUCUAGACGUAGACACGGACGAGUGGACUCCUGUGGACGAGGAAUGCUUGAACCAGAAGUUCUUCAGUGGUUGCGCUAAUGUUAACGGGAAGAUGUUUCUUCUCGGGGAGAGGAGAGGGAACACACCGAUCCCAAAUAUGAUUCUUUUCGAUCCUUACACUGACACCUGUCAGGUGGUCGACACGGCUGUGCCCUGCUCGCUCCCUAUACGAGGGUGCGUGUCCAUCCGAAAGUUCAGCACAAUGGCUGGAGUCUGAAGGAGACGGAAGCAUCAUUUGUAUUGUAGUUCUUAGAUCACUGACAACCGCGUCAGUGGGGUCGAGAUUGGGGCAAUC